AUGAUUAUAGCAGCAAUUAUUUUUAUUGCCAUAAGAAUUGAAUCUAUUUUGGACACCACCACAGGAGUGGCGGUAUCGUUUUCUCUAUCUGAUUCUAGGUUCCGUGAUGAUCAUCUGGCACUACCAUAUAUGAUUGGCACUUCGUCAGAUUCGAACCGAACUAAACAUCAUCUUCGACGCCAACUCGCUAUAAUCUUUUAUACUGAUAAAACUCCAUCACCUAUACAAGUGAAAGUAUACGCGUACGCUCAAUAUGAAAGUUUGGUACCAGCGACAACUGCUACGACCGCUACACCAGCUACACCUUCAAAUUCCCAUGUAUAA